UGCCAUGGCAGCUGGUGUUAGCCUGCUGACUGAUGUGCCCUACUCUUCCUCUGGGGACCUCAACACAGGCAACAGCAUGAACACAGUCAGUACUCGGGUCCCCACAGCCAAGUACACCAAGGUGGGAGAGACGUUGAGACAUGUGAUCCCAGGUCACAUGCAGUGCUCCAUGGCGUGUGGAGGGAGGGCCUGUAAAUACGAGAACCCGGCCCGCUGGAGUGACAAGGAGCAGGCUGUUAAGGGACUGUACUCCUCAUGGAUAACUGACAACUUGCUGGCGAUGGCAAGGCCUUCUACUGAAAUCCUCGAGAAAUACAAUAUCAUUGAACAGUUUACAAGGUGUGGCCUUCGUACGGUGAUCAACCUGCAGCGUCCCGGGGAACACGCCAGCUGUGGUAACCCUCUGGAACACGACUCUGGAUUCACCUACAGACCUGAGAUGUUCAUGGAGGCUGGCA